AUGGGGCUUCAUCUUUCUCAGCUAUGUCGAACAUCCCAUGGAAAGGAUCGAUCCAACAAACAACCGCCGUCGGAUCCAGAAUGCACGCAGGAGAAAGUAUUUGGAGUAUUGAGGGACUUCUUGGAGCCCAAAAGCCCGCUACCCCUCGACCUGGCUGUAGAGUCUCUCUUGAAGCUCUUGCCCACCGAUGCCCCCGAUUCCGAAGAGAUCUGGAGAUUUGGCGAAGACUGCUUUGAGCUUGCCGAAAUGUCCUCCUUCAAAACCUCGUCUCACUCAAGAUUGGCUCAGUUGCUGGAAGCUCUUGGUCUUUCAAGUCACUUCACGUUCCUUAGUGCAGAGAACGGCAGGAUUUGGCGAUUUGAUCUCCUCAAAUAUUCCAUGAAAGACUUUUGUGCUGGCCCUGACGGCGGAAAACCCGAGAGAUACGUCAACUACAAUUCGUUUUUGGCUCACUUAUAUGAGCAUCGAAUUUUUCCCACUGACCCUACUUAUGCCGUGUGGGCAAUGCGUGCUGCGUUUGAAGACGAAAGGAGCGAUGAAGAGAAAGCAGUUCGCAGCGCGUGGAUUCUGGGCGCAGCCCAAUGGAUUCUAUGGAAUGGGCAAAGCAUAUUCAACCUCAUUCUAGAGCCAGCUCUCUAUGAUGUGACAUACGAGACGUGGCCUGAUCGAGCGGCUUGGGAUGCUGGAUGUCUUUAUAAUGGCACCGCUGGCCUUUCUCUUGAACGAUGGCAGUUCUGGAAACGCCGGUUUGGAGAAGUAUCCCAGGAUUCGGAGGUCACUGAUGAGUGCAAGGAAGUGUCUACCAGAGCUAUGGCGAUAAUGGAUUUAUUUGAGAAGAAUAUGGUUUUUUAG